AUGAUACAAUCCAAACGGACCAUUAUUGCGGCGAAUAUUGGAGAUAGUAGAGCCAUUCUCAGCCGUAACGAAACUGCCAUUGAGCUAACUCGUGACCACAAGCCGAGCGAUCCCAUCGAACUCGAUCGAAUUCACUCGCUCGGCGGGCGCGUUAUAUGGCAUGGGCACGUCGACACACAUGGCGACCCUAUUCCAGGGACCGGGGUCUACCGUGUAAAUGGAAACUUGGCACUGUCGAGGGCCAUCGGCGAUCGCUCCGAGCGCCCUGCAGUCACUGCCGAUCCCGACGUUUCCAUUUUACCAAUCGAUGAAGCAGAUGAUUUUUUGGUGCUCGCUACCGAUGGCUUGUGGGAUGUUAUGACGAGUUCCGAUGUUGUAGCCUUCAUACAUGCGCUGAUUGAACAAGGGGAGGAUAUCGACCGGGACCCAAUUGCUGCCAUGGUCGUGGAAGAAGCCAUUCGUAGAGGAAGUUACGACAACAUCACAGUCUUGAUUGUGUGGCUGAAUCCGUCCGCUACUAGUCUAUAG